UUCUUAACAAAAAUGCAUGAUGUUUGCUCUGUGCAGGGCGAUUGACAAGACGGUUCCAGGAUUCCCCAGGCCAUUGCUGAAUCUAAGUUCAUCUACAUUUGCUACUUUUAUGAACGACGCAUUUGGGAUAGCAUUGGAUCCUCCUUUUGAUCCUUAUGCAGAUGACAUCAACUAUCUUCUCGCAUCCUACGUUCUUCCUUACGUUGGCCUCACCGGAUAUGUCGGGACAAAUCCAAAACUCCUAAGCCCUACAGCUAGAGGGCUCGUGGCAGGGCUUUUGGGCGUGGAAGCGGGGCAAGAUGCGGUUAUAAGAGCUCUCCUUUAUGAGCGAGCAUUGGUAAAGGUAUUACCCUAUGGAUUCACGGUGGCCGAAUUUACUGAUAAAAUAUCGGACCUACGAAAUGAGCUGGGAAAAGCGGGACUGAAAGAUGAAGGACUAAUAGUUCCUCCCGCACUAGGCGCCGAGGGUAAAAUUUCAGGGAACGUGCUCGCUGGCGACGAAUUCUCUUUGUCAUAUGGUCGAACACCAGAGGAAAUACUUAGAAUCGUGUAUGCAAGUGGAAAAGAGAAUAAGCCUGGAGGAUUUUACCCCAAAGGAGCUGGCGGAAAAAUAGCCAAAUCUUAUUUGGAAUGAUGUGGUGAAAUAAAAAGGGUAGCUUGGACCUUCACUGUCUACAUGUAUAAUAAAUAAUUCAAUAAACUUCUA